UUGUUUCUCAAACAAUUUUUAUUAAUAAAUUUUUUACAAAAAAAUAAUAAUUAGUAGAAGGUUAUAAUGGUAAGUCUCUCAAAAUGGGUCCACAUUCAUAUAUACAUACACAUACACACCAAGAGCAGUCAUCUCUCUUCUCAGUUUCCUCCUCCAUAGUUUUCUUCUCCUGUUUCUUUUCCUAUUUUCCCAAUCCUUUAAUUUUUUGAUGUCUCUCUCUAUACCCCAUCUCUACAAAAAUUUCAUGACUUUAUCUCUUCUUCAAUGACCCAUAUCCAUAUGUGCUUUUAUAAUUCAAAUCUCCACCAACCAUUAAACCCACCUCACAAAGACACAAAGCCUAUAAUCAUAAAAUAAAGAAAGAACCUUUCCUCCUGUUUAAUUAGUCAGCAAUUUCAAUGCCCCCCUUCUGCAAAUUUCCAAAAAGACACAACACAGAAGAAAAACAUAAAAGUAAAAAAAGAAAGAAAAAGUUUUUUUGAUUUAUUUCCAUCUUUCUUUCUCUUUACCAUCUUGAUGACUACUCCUAGUUUUCUGUUUGCUUGUCUGGUCUGGUCUCAUAAGACUCCUACUCUCAACCGAAAAAAAGAAAAGAAAAAGGAAAAUCCAAAAAAUUUAAUUACAAUAACAAUCUAGAAAAAAAUUGUAAUGAUGUGGUGGCUUCUUCUUUGUGGGUUCAUAAGUCAUUGGUCAAGAGAAGAGAGUUGUUUCAUACAAGGGAAUAAGACUCCUCCCACCAUUAAACCUAAUCCUCCUUUUACCCCCAUUCUCUUCCUUCUCUUUUCCUCUCCCUACUUUUUUCUUCUUCUUCUUUUGUGUCUGCGAUUCCUCUGAUCAGAUCCGAUGAAGGAGAUUACUGAUUCCGUUGAUCCCAGGAUCAUGUUCAAGCAUCAAUCUCUUAUGCAGGAUUAUCACGAGUUGCGUAAGGAAAGAGAGUUUAAGAUGAGGAAGUUGGAGAUGAUGAAACAGAGACGAUCAACCCUUGACGCAGAAGUUAGGUUCUUGAAACGUAGAUACAAACAGUUGAAGCAAGACCAAACUCUUGACACAUCUUCUCCAGGGAUGUUGAGAUUGUCAGAAUCUGGAUACUCGAAGGUGCCAAGUAAAAGAAAGAAGAACUCUACUAUGGAUGAGAAGGAAGCAUUGUCAUUGGAUAAAAAGAAUCCGAAAAGGAGCAGAGGAAACGAGGUUCUGACUAACUCCAUUCCACUUCCUGAUCUUAACGGAGAUGGGAGCACUUUUAAAGUCCCGGGCUUUGACCUAAACCAGAUCUCGAGAGAAGAAGAGGAACCGGAAGCGAGUGGUGGACAAGUGAUCGCUCAAGCAACAAAGAAGGCAAUGCUUGGUAAUGGAAACGAUGAUGUACAUUGCGAGAUGAAGUUGCCGAUAUGCAGAGAUGUGGAGAAAGAGUUAAACAGAGCAGCAGUGAAGAGGAAGGUUUCAUGGCAAGAUCCAGUGGCUUUAAGUGUUUGAUAGGGUUUUCAAGUAAGAAUAUCAACUAGGAUUCUGAGAUAUUGUGAUUUAGCCCAAUAUGCACAUAUGCUUUGAAGGGUUUUUAUACAUGCACAAGUGUAGUUAUAUGAAGAUUUGAUUAGUUUGAAAUCAUAAUUUUCAUGUGUCCCAACAUCCAAUUUGGUGAUUACGAAAACUCAUUUUAUUUGUUGAAUGUUCUUUUACACAUUCUCUUCACAUGCCAUAAUAAACCUGCCUGCAAUUUAUGUAUCUAAUUAAAAUAGUGACUUGUCAUUUCUUUGACAAAAUAAAAACUAGUCAUUUCAAAUGCAAUUUAUUUGCUGUCG